AAGUCCUUGCUGGCAAAAGAUUCCCUCAUUCAUUAACUCAUUGUUUUGUUUUGGUGGGGCACUUCACUCUGUUACUACCACUACACCUCCUUCUUCUCCUAUCUCCUACCUCUUCUCCAUCGUUACCAUAACACUUCCUUUCUCUGCAAUUUCCAAACCCUAAAAGGAACCACCCACCCACCAUGGGAUGUGCCAGCUCCAAGCUGGACGAUCUCCCGGCGGUGGCUCUCUGCCGUGAACGCUGCGUUUUUCUCGACGAAGCAAUCCACCAGCGCUACGCCCUCGCCGCAGCCCACAUCGCUUACAUCAACUCCCUCAAGGCAAUUGGUCACUCCCUACACUCCUUCGUCCACCACGACACACAGAGGCCGCCGCCGCCGUCUCCCUCCCCCCCCUCCUCCUCUCCCUCUCCCCCCCACAAAACCCACCAGCUCUCCAAGCACGCCUCCCCCACCCACUCCGACUCCGGCGGCUCCCACCUCCACUUCCACUCCGACUCCGAUGAUCUCGCCUCUCUCCACCACUCCCCUCAAUCCUCCCCCAUUCGUCUCCCCGCUUUCUACGACAAUUCCCACCCACCGGAUCACCACCUUCACAUCAAUUACAUGAAGAACAAGGCCGCACCUUCAAUUGUCUACGAGCAGAGACCCCUCAGUCCUGAAACUGGCUACCUCGGAGAGUCCUCUUCCUCCUUUUACCCUUACCCUUCCUCUUACCCCUCUUACCCCUACACCUACGAUCCCUAUUCUGCCCCUCCCUUCGCCGGAUCCUCCCAGCCCCAACCCCAGCGAACCCCCAACUCCAAGCCCCCUCCCCCUCCCCCCUCCCCUCCCCGCGCCUCCACCUGGGACUUCCUCAACUUCUUCGAUAACUCUGACGACAAGUACUAUCCCCAACCUCAUUACACCCCCACUCCCAGCCGCGACUCCAGGGAGCUCCGGGAGGAGGAGGGGAUCCCCGAUUUGGAAGACGAGGAUUACCACCACGAAGUCGUCAAGCAGGUUCACGGGGAUCAGAAGCUCGUCGACCCCAAGCCUGAACCCCCGAACCCCCACCACAACCACCUCCACGACGAGGACGAUGAUGAAGAGGAAGAUGAAGAUGAGGUGGAGUACGAAGUUCACGUCGUCGAUAAGAAAGUCGUUGAUGCCGAUAAUGAUGCCAACAACAAGCCCAAGGACCACGCCGCAUUCCGGAGCCGCCGCCCUGGCUCCCGGAAUCCCCUCGAGGUCGCCAAAGAGAUUCAGGAUCUCUUUCAGAGGGCUUCUGAUUCCGGUGCCCUAAUCGCCAAGAUCCUCGAGGUGGGGAAGCUUCCCCACAAUCGAAAGCACGCCGCCUAUCAAGCUUCUUCCAAGAUGUUACAAGUUGUUUCUCCCUCCCUGUCUCUUAUUUCCUCCCAACCCUCUACUUCUAAAGAUGCCGAAUCCGCCUCUAACGUGGAUCUUGAUGCUGAUCUAACAACUGGAGCACGCAAUCUUUCCUCGACACUGCAUAAGCUCCUACUUUGGGAGAAGAAACUCUAUAAUGAAGUUAAGGCUGAGGAAAAGAUGCGGGUCAUCCAUGAUAGGAAGUGUCGCAAGCUGAAGCGUAUGGAUGAUAGGGGUGCUGAUUUUCAUAAAGUUGAUGCGACUCGGACGUUGAUUAGGAGCCUGUCCACAAAAAUAAGAAUGGCAAUUCAGGUUGUGGAUAAGAUUUCUAUGACUAUAAAUAAGAUAAGGGAUGAAGAACUGUGGCCACAGCUGAAGGAAUUGAUCCAAGGGUUGACUAGAAUGUGGAAGUCCAUGCUUGAAUGCCAUCAUAAUCAGUGUGAAGCUAUUAGAGAAGCCAGAAUUCUGGGUUCCGUGGGAUCCAGGAUAAAGAGUGGUGAUAGUCAUCUUCAAGCAACCAAGCAACUUGAACAAGAGCUCAUCAAUUGGACUUUCCAAUUUUCUGGCUGGAUAAGUGCCCAGAAGGGUUAUGUUAGAGCAUUGAAUAAUUGGCUGCUGAAAUGUCUCCUGUACGAACCUGAAGAAACACCUGAUGGCAUAGUCCCCUUUUCCCCUGGUAGGAUUGGGGCUCCGCAAAUAUUUGUAAUAUGCAAUCAGUGGUCCCAAGCUUUGGAUAGAAUAUCUGAGAAGGAAGUUGUUGAUUCCAUGCAUGUAUUUACGAUGAGUGUGCUUCAGAUAUGGGAACAAGAUAAGCUAGAAAUGCAUAGGCAGAUGAACCAGAACAAGGAUCUCGAGAGAAAGGUGAGAAAUAUAGAUAGAGAUGACCAGAAGCUACAGAAGCAAAUUCAAGCGUUAGAGCGAAAGGUGCUUCUGCUGUCUGGGGAAGGUAAAGGUCUCUCAGUUUCUGAGAACAUCAUUUAUCAGAGUGACAAAAGCAGUAGCCUACAAGCUAGUUUGCAGCGCAUUUUUGAGGCCAUGGAGAGAUUUACUGACGAAUCAGUGAGAGCUUAUGAGGAGUUACUACAACGUAGUGAAGAAGAAAGUGCCGCCCGAAAUCGUGAAUAGUUGGAAUCAUAUCUUUGCCAUUUUCCGAGAAUAGAGACAUGCUGGUCUCCUUCUACUAACUCUUCUUUACAGCAGAGCCUUGGGAAGAGGAAUUGGGCUUGACUUCUCUCUAUGAUGCUGAGAGUUGCAUUGGUGCUUUAAUGCUUGGAUACAACAGAAAGAGAAAUUUGAGGUGUGUGGCGCAGAGUUGCGUUUUUUUGGGUACUCGGUGCUGUAAAGCCAGCCAGCCAUACAAGUUUGAGCUACCAAAAAUCAGGGGAGCCCACAAAUUUUAACGUCUAAAGUUGAAUGUUCUUUCUUUCUACAUUAGAAAAUAGCAGAAAUAUAUGGUUAGAUGAAGGAGGGAGUUUGAGGUAUAUAAUAUAACAACCCCUGCAAGUCAUGAAUGGUAUAGAAAGGUGCUCAAAGUGAAGAAGCUGUACAAUCGGGGAAUUUUACUGAUACGCAAUUGGAACAAGCCUCGUUCGCGUGAUGAACGUAGCUACCUCUCUGUCAGCUGGAGUGACGCAUGUCACUGAAUGCAUGGGUGUUUAUUGGUUCCUGUAAAAAAAUUAUGUUCAUUUCGUAAAAAUAUUCAUUUUCAACUUAAAUUAUUGUACAGAUUACCUAUUAGCAGGCUUAACAAAAAGCAUUUUAGAAUAAAAUAUCUUUGUAGCCCA